AAUAAUAAUAAUGACAUGGCACUCUAUCUUCUUCUGUUUGAUGUCAGGUUGUGUAUGCCUAAACCAGUUCGACCCGACCCGACAAUCCUCUAUUCUCUUUGCUCUUCCCCGACCAACCAAUUCUCCUCCCGGUCACAACCGUUCUUUUUGGUGCCGCUUCAGUUGGUCUCUGAACAGAGGCGCCGAUCGAUCUCUCUCGAGGAAUGCGCUGAGAUGACACCUGCUCAGGAUCCAUUCUAUGUUGUUAAAGAGGAGAUUCAAGAGUCCAUUAACAAACUGCAAGUUACUUUUCAACAAUGGGAACAAACCCCUUCAAACACCGGAGAGAGUGUACACCUUACAAAACAGCUUGUUGUCAGCUGUGAGAGCAUAGAGUGGCAGGUGGAUGAAUUGGAUAUGGCAAUUGCAGUUGCUGUGAGAAAUCCUGCAUGGUAUGGUCUUGAUGAAGUUGAACUUGAAAAGCGCAGGAGAUGGACUAGCACUGCACGUUAUCAGGUGGGUAAUAUUAGGAAAACUGUAGAAGCAGGAAAGGAGAAGCAGAAUUCAUUCAGCUUAGGUACAAAUGGUGUGCGUAAAGAGCUGAUGGGGCUUCGGAAUGAUCAUGCUUCUCAGGCAGGCAGAUCAAACAAUUACAUUAACCAAGAUAAUGAUGAUUUUAUCUCUUCAGAAUCAGAUCAGCAGCUGCUCCUGAUAAAGAAACAAGAUGAGGAGCUGGAUGAGCUUAGUGCUAGUGUUCGGAGAAUUGGAGAUGUAGGACUUACUAUACAUGAUGAACUUACUUUCUGCUGCUGCAGGGAAAAUUUAUUGGAUGAAUUCGGCAUGGAAAUGGAGACUACUUCAAACAGGCUUGACUUCGUCCAGAAAAAAGUUGCUAAGGUGAUGAAGAAGGCGGGUGCCAAGGGCCAAAUCAUGAUGAUAGCAUUCUUGAUAGUUCUCUUUAUUAUUCUUUUAUUUUUGGUUUUCUUCACAUAGAUGGAGACUAAAUUGAUUUGAGCAGAAACACUUCGACUGUGAGCCAUGGUUCUUUGAAGAAAUAUUGAGGCUUUGUUACUUGGUGUCUUAUCAGGUUAUACAAUUCUCAAACCAGUAAAGGAUUCAUGCGUACGGCGGCAUGGCGCAUUGUGAAUUGGACUCAUCAGCUGCUGCCACCACCAGCAUAUACUGAGAUUCUACCCUCCUGGACUGGUAGACAAAUUGCUCGUCAUCACAGCAUCUUCAAUCGAGUUACCACAUUUACCAAGGUAGAGCAACACUGACAUCCAUUUCGUUUGGGCUGCUCAAUCCAUGCACGCAUUCGGCAAUUCUGGACUAACAUAAUCUUAGGGGAAGGGAGUAAGUUUGGUUCUGCCCCAUCCUCAGCACAUAUUCAAGUGAAGCACUCGGGAAGCCGCGUCCCAAACGUAUACGGUCACCUGAAGCAACCUCUGCAAAUCAUAUAUUAUACAAAGCAAAGAAGCAAGUAAAAAAGAAUGGGGAUUUGGUCAACUCUGCAAAGAAGACCAUCCAACAUCCAAUUCCCGAGUCAAACACAUCAAUCAAUCAAGAUACUAACGACAGCGCCACGACGACAAAAACCUUUCAGUGCCAAACUA